CACACUCUUGCGUGUACAUUCAUGCAUCUCCACGUCACACGGGCUGUCAUGCUCGCACAUGUGCCAUUAAUUGACAAGAAUGCUGCUCAAGUUGGCUGAUCAAGAGAUAGGCAGUGCAAAGGAACAGGAUUUGAGACAGCCCAGGGUUUCCUCUUCAAGUAGGUCUAAAACAUUUUUUUUUUCUCAUUAACUUCCUUCCUGUUCUAACUGCCAGUACUCAGAAGUCAGAGUUGAGAGACAGAGGCACCCCGGACAGAGACGUGAAGCACUGAAUAAAUAGAUCAAAAUGACUGAAAAAGCCCCAGAGCCACAUGUGGAGGAGGAUGACGAUGAUGAGCUGGACAGCAAGCUCAAUUAUAAACCUCCACCACAGAAGUCCCUGAAAGAGCUGCAGGAAAUGGACAAAGAUGAUGAGAGUCUAAUUAAGUACAAGAAAACGCUGCUGGGAGAUGGUCCUGUGGUGACAGAUCCGAAAGCCCCCAAUGUUGUUGUCACCCGGCUCACCCUGGUUUGUGAGAGUGCCCCAGGACCAAUCACCAUGGACCUUACUGGAGAUCUGGAAGCCCUCAAAAAGGAAACCAUUGUGUUAAAGGAAGGUUCCGAAUAUAGAGUCAAAAUUCACUUCAAAGUGAACAGGGAUAUUGUGUCAGGCCUGAAAUACGUUCAGCACACCUACAGGACCGGGGUGAAAGUGGAUAAAGCAACAUUUAUGGUUGGCAGCUAUGGACCUCGGCCUGAGGAGUAUGAGUUCCUCACUCCAGUUGAGGAGGCUCCCAAGGGCAUGCUGGCCCGAGGCACGUACCACAACAAGUCCUUCUUCACCGACGAUGACAAGCAAGACCACCUCAGCUGGGAGUGGAACCUGUCGAUUAAGAAGGAGUGGACAGAAUGAAUGCAUCCACCCCUUUCCCCACCCUUGCCACCUGGAAGAAUUCUCUCAGGCGUGUUCAGCACCCUGUCCCUCCUCCCUGUCCACAGCUGGGUCCCUCUUCAACACUGCCACAUUUCCUUAUUGAUGCAUCUUUUCCCACCCUGUCACACAAUGUGGUCCCUCUUCAACACUGCCACAUUUCCUUAUUGAUGCAUCUUUUCCCACCCUGUCACUCAAUGUGGUCCCUAGAACAAGAGGCUUAAAACCGGGCUUUCACUCAACCUGCUCCCUCCGAUCCUCCAUCAGGGCCAGAUCUUCCACGUCUCCAUCUCAAUACACAAUCAUUUAAUAUUUCCCUGUCUUACCCCCAUUCGAGCAACUAGAGGCCAGGAAAUGGGCAAAUUAUCACUAACAGGUCUUUGACUCAGGUUCCAGUAGUUCAUUCUAAUGCCUAGAUUCUUUUGUGGUUGUUGCUGGCCCAAUGAGUCCCUAGUCACAUCCCCUGCCAGAUGGAGUUCUUCUUUUGUGAGAGACACUGUAAACAACACAAGAGAACAAGAAUAAAACAAUAACUGUGUGUGUUCUGACUGAGA